AUGAAUAUUCUCGAAACAAUCGUAAUAUUCCCGGAUUUAAUGUCGGAGAUGAAAACGGAGAGCAUAGGCGCGUUUACGGCGAACGGCUUACGAGUCGCUGCAGCCCUGGGGGAGGGCGGCUGGCGGGGUGGCGUACGGCGGUGUGGGGUUCUAUUCCCGGAGCCGCGUGGGCGAAUCCGCUGCGGCUAUUUGGAUCAUGCUAGGUGUUCAGCGAGCCUUGUA